UGCUAAGCAAGCGAGAGGCGCUCACACUGAAGGAGACAGAGGCAACAGCUACAGCAACAGCACUCUCCUUCCCCAUCCUCCCUCCCUUCUCUCACAAUCCCACAUCCGUGCCGGGGGAGAUGGAGGGCAGCCUGACCCCCUGAGAGGCACUGACCGAAGAGGAGGAAACUCUCAUGUGAGCCCCCUCAGUUGUGAAGGCCUCGAUCAUUUUUUUUAUUUUUUAUUUUUGGAACGAUAACCAACAACGGGUGAAAGGAGGUGUGUGUACACGCGAGCCUGCCGGCGGGAGGGAGGGAGGCAGAGGGAGAGAGAAGUGGGGGACGAGGUUUGGUACAGCUGCUGAUGCCAGGCGCUGAGACAGACUGAGACAGAUCCGCUCGCACGUGUGGAGGUGGAGCAGUGUCGGCAACUUGUGGGCCGAGAGGAGAGGGAAACAGAUUCACAGACGCACACAGCUGGACAGAUGAGGAGGCAUCAGGGACCCCGCUUCAGUCCUGGGUGUCUGGUGCACUGACCCUGCCUGAAACAGGCGAGGAGUCAGAGGACCAGGGCCAUGAUUGGCUUUCCUGGCCCCGGUGGGCGUGCCGCAGUGCCGUGGUCGAGGUUGUCCCGAUGGCUCUUGGCUGCUUCACUGGUUGCCGUGAUAACCUUGUCACUGCCAGGAAGCGCCCAGGCCUGUCCGCCACGGUGCGAGUGCUCAGCUCAGCUUAGGUCAGUGUCAUGUCAGCGGCGGAGGCUCACCAACAUCCCAGAGGGCAUUCCCACAGAGACGCAGCUCUUGGAUCUCAGCAAGAACCGGCUCCGAUGGGUGCAAGCGGGCGACCUGGCACCAUAUCCCCGGCUGGAGGAAGUGGACCUAAGUGAGAACCUCAUCGCAACAUUAGAGCCUAAUGCCUUCUCCACUCUCCACAGUCUUAAAGUGCUGAAGUUAAGAGGGAACCAGCUGAAACUAGUCCCCAUGGGGGCAUUUGCCAAGCUGGGCAAUCUGACCAGUCUAGACCUGAGUGAGAACAAAAUGGUAAUUUUGUUAGACUACACCUUCCAGGAUCUGAGGAGUCUGAAACACCUGGAGGUGGGAGACAAUGAACUGGUUUACAUAUCCCACAAGGCUUUCUCAGGGUUGCUGGGCCUCGAGGAUCUCACAAUAGAGCGCUGCAACCUGACAUCCAUCUCUGGCCAGACGCUGUCCUACCUCCGCAGCCUGGUCAAUCUUCGCCUUCGCCACCUCAGCAUCACUGCCCUUGAGGACCAGAACUUCCGCAAGCUCUCUAACUUGCGGGGUCUGGAUAUCGAUCACUGGCCGUACCUGGAGUACAUCUCCCCUCUUAGUUUUCAAGGCCUUGACCUUUACUGGCUAUCGAUCACAAACACCAAUAUCACUUCUGUCCCCUCUGCCUCCUUCAAAAACCUGGUACAUCUCACCAACCUCAACCUGUCCUACAAUCCCAUCACCACACUAGAGCCUUGGGCCUUCAAGGACCUGCUGAGGCUCAAGGAGCUCAUCAUGGUAAGCACAGGGUUGAUGACGGUGGAGCCCCACGCCCUUGGAGGCCUCCGACAGAUCCGGGUCCUCAACUUCUCCUCCAAUGACCUGCAGACUCUAGAAGAGGGCUCCUUCCACUCUGUCAACAGUCUGGAGACCCUCAGAGUGGAUGGGAACCCCCUGAUGUGUGACUGCCGUCUGUUGUGGAUCCUGCAAAGACGCAAGACCCUCAACUUUGACGGCAGAGUGCCAGUGUGUGCCGGGCCGGUGGAGGUGCAAGGGGUUAGCCUCAACACCUUCACCGAUUCUGCACUCUUUGAUCACUUCACAUGCCAGAAACCUAAGAUACGCAACCGUAAGCUGCAGCAGGUAGUCGCUCGUGAAGGCCAGCCAGUGAGUUUUCUGUGUCGAGCUGAAGGAGAGCCUGCACCUGCUAUUGUCUGGAUUUCCCCACAGCGCAGACGGAUCACAGCAAAGAGUUCAGGACGUAUUACUGUUCUCCCGAGUGGCACCCUGGAGAUCCGCUACGCCCAGCUUACUGACAGUGGAACAUACAUCUGCAUCGCUAGUAACGCCGGGGGCAAUGACACCUACUUCGCCACACUCACAGUGCGCGGCCAGCCGCUAGAUGCUGCAUCAGCCUUCUUUCUCAACCGCUCACUGUACAGUGGCGACUUCUUCAAUGAUACAAAUCUGAACAGCACACGCGUUUUCCUAAAGUUCACCUUGGACCUGACCACCAUCUUGGUCUCCACCGCAAUGGGUUGCAUCACUUUCCUGGGAGUUGUCCUCUUCUGUUUCCUGUUGUUGUUCGUGUGGAGCCGGGGACGCGGUCAACGCAAGAACAACUUCACAGUGGAGUACUCCUUCAGGAAAUCUGAGCCCGUCACUGGGAGCUCUUCAGGAGGGACCAGGAAGUUCAACAUGAAAAUGAUAUGAAACAACGCAGCCAGGGGUCCCUCGGGGGAGGCAUGAGCACGUCCCAAAAACGUGUUUGACACACGCAAACGCACACAGCCACUGACUCGCAAAGAAGUUUCAAAGCACAUGAGUUUCUGUCUAUGGCUCGACUCAAAAAUUCAGCGCCCACUUCCAAACUGGAGCCAUGACUCAAUUUGGUUUGAUUUGAUAAUGAAAACAAAAUGACCCUGAUCUCUCUGCCUCUCAGUGGUUUCAUUCAGCUUGCGGUUAAAACACAUUUGAAUGAAACUGUAAGAAACAACAGGGAUGAAAGAGCUACCCGUCAUUCAUGCUUGAUAAUAAUAGUUAGGAAUUAACGAAGAUAAGUUGUAAAUUGGCAAGAUUACUGAGUUGUGGAACAUUCAUAGUCUUGUCUCUCAUUUAAAUUAAUAAGAAAAUGAAAUUUUCAUUUAAAUUUCCGUUUCCUGCACUCUGUGCAGUCAGGGAUUUAAAAAGGAAUGUAAUGCCUGGAGAUGUGUCUACCAUCCAUUAUAAAAUUUUUAGCUAUGCUCUUCUAAAGUCUGCCUUGUUCAUGCAUGCAGAGUUACACUUGAAAGUUAAGUUGUAAGUUCAUAACACUGAAUAAAACACAUGCUUUUGAAAGAUAGAUGAAUAUGUUUAGGAGCUGUUAUUUAUUCUGACCACGGCUGGACAGUGAGGACUGUUAGAGGGUCAAAUAUUUCAUGAUUCACGUUUGAUGAACAGAAGCAUAAUGGAUAUGAAGCUGUUGAGGAUCAAUGGGUAUGGAUCACAUAAAUGACAAACAGACAAAAGAAACGUGAUUCGGCCUUUCCUUCUUUGUGAGAUUCCGCAACAACAUCAGCUGUGUGAGUUUGGGACGAGCGCACUGGCCGAGAGCUGCAGCGGCUGCCUGUGCCCUGGAGGGUUUGGUUAGGAAGUCAAGCCCACCGAACACAGGCUGCCGCGGUAACCAUAGCAACCAACGCAAGAGAGAGCAAGGAUGGGGGGGGGGGCACCGGGUUGGCGGACACAGGAGAGUUGCUGGGGAGAAGGGGAGAGAAGACACAAGUCACUGCGACCUCUGCUUCCUCCCCUCAACAUCACAAGCCCCUUUCAUGCUCUUCCAUCAACUGGAGGGGUUAAGGCCCGCCGGCCUCCGCCCCCUCGUCCCAGCCCUCUGCUGCGUUGGUGGUCCCCCUGACCUUAACAGUGCUGCCAGGGGGGAGCAGCCUGGAGAGUCGGGUCAAACUUAGAGGCAGACAGAGGACGCACAGUCCCACUGAGAGGUGUUCAGACAGACGCAUACAAACACAUAAAUCAAGUAGUGGACAUCGCACAGCACACACACGCAUAGCACCUUUUCUCAGGAAAAGUGAAAUAACUAGCCUGCAGAGUGAGAGUGGUCACUUACUCUGUUGAAACAUUCCAGCAAUACUGUAUGUGGAGCCAUAAAGCCAAACUUCAUUCUCCAAGAGAGAAGUGAUGUAAUUUUUUCUGAAUGGUAACAAAGCCAUAGUUUGUGUAGGUUGUUUUUAUAUAGUAGCGUCUGCAUGAUUCAGUUAUACAAUGAUUGCCACUGCCAUCUUACAAGCUGCCGUGAUAAUCACAAGACCAUCUGCUGUCCCUGAGCUUGCAUGAAGUUCCACCUAAUAGUCACACACACACACACACGCACACAUACACGAAAGAGGUAAAACCACAUCAAGGUUAUUUGGGCUGAUGGAAACAACAAUCACAGUUACACACGAAUCCGCCUACAACCUACAAAGCACCACAGUAAUCAAGAGGUGUGACGCUGAGUGCUCUCUGUCUGUCCUCUAAGACGGCCAGUGUGCGAAUGUCUCUGCCCCCCUAGCCCAGUGCAUCCCCCCCCUCCUCACCCCCACCCCCACACACCCCCACUGGGUCCUCCUUUGGGAGGGGUCCCUGGCUGGAGACCAAGGAAUAAAAUGUAAAUGAAGUCGUGUUAACCCUACCCACACCAUGUGCAUCGUAUAGUGGAGAGUAGUACUGUGGUUUUAAAAAAACAAAAAAUAACAAUGAAAAAGUCUUUUUGAAGUGUUCUGUUCUUCUUGUUUGUCCACCAUUUUGGUUCCUUCAGUUGUUCUCUGUGACCUUUUUGGCUGUUUUAAAGUUCCUCGUCGUCCAUGUGGGACCGUUCUGUUCUCAACACCUGAAAAUACUCUAGAUGCUGCGUGUACAGCCGCUCACACCUCAGGUGAGUAAGAGCUGACACCAGGUGGAGCAGUGCAGACGACGCAAAAGAGAAUAAAUGGGUCAAACAAACAAAAUAUCUAAGACUAUUGAUCUUAUGCUGCCAUAAAAUGGAACUUGUGAACUAAUUGUGACAUGAGAAGCUGGAAAUGCUUGAUGUUCAAGGGGCAACUUCAGCAGAGUUGUUGAGACAUCACAUAAUGAAUAGAUGAGACAAUUUCUUAAAUAACUAUAAUAAUAAUAAAAAUUUUAAUUAAGAUACACCCGACUAAGCUUAAUAUCCAACAAAAAUGUAUGUCUGUGGCUUCUGCAAUUUCAGAAGAUGUCAGCAAAAAUGUGAACACUGGUUUGCAGAACUUUUGUUGGGGGAAUACAGUAAACACAGCACUGAUUCAAUGCAGCACCAUUUGCUGACAUAUAGACCUGUAGACCAGAACCUGUAGACCAGAAUCAGAAUUAUGUUUAUGGCAACAUAUAAUCGAACAUACGAGGAGAUUUCAUGUGGUGAUUGCAUGAAGUUGGGAAAAUCAGACAAUAAAGAAAUUUACAAAAAAAUAUAACUGCCGGAUAAACUGUACUGUGUGGAUUGUGGAAAAAAUGCAAAGGAGUUGCAUUAACAGGCAGAGUGUAAAAAAUGUAAAUGUGCAUAAAUAAUUAAAAAAAAAAGUGAUACGUGAGACUUAAAGAGAGUAGAAAGUAAAAGUAGUGAAACAUAUCUAAUCUAAAUGCCGUUAAAUGGAGAUGAGGUUACAGCUCUACAAAAUAUACAGUAUAUUAUAAAACAGAACACUGCUAGUUAAGUAAAGCUUCUCCUACAUACAUGGGUUAGAGUUAGAAGUAUCUACACCCUGAAAGAGAUCCCACAAGAACAGUUCCUGCAGUCAGAAGCACGAAUGUGCUGACCAACAUAAAAUAAAGUAACAAGUUCUUGCAACUGAAAAAAAAAAAAUAAAUUAAAUGUUUUAUUGUAGGAGGAUAAACUAUGAUAAAUAAAUAAAAUUAAAAAAAAUAAAAAAGUUGGGAACUACUGACAUAAAGAACAUCCUGUUUUGAGACAAUUUGCCCGAGGCAAUAGAAAACUCUCUCAAAAAACUUUUAAAAUAAAUCCUGCAUACUCCAUUUUCGUCUGUCUAAAAAAAAAAAAAGUGAUGAAACUACAUCUUCGGUGUCAAGAUGAAUAACUCAACAGCAGUUAAAGAUUCAUGAGGCCGAGUGAGAAUAGAUGAACACAUUCGGCUGUUUUUUAUCAUUUAACAGUGUCUGCAGCCGUUUGGCUCUCGCGGUGUUGAGAACAGGACAUUGUCUUUAUGGAUGUCUCCUCUUCCUGCGCCAACCCUUAUGUGUUUCCAUUCCCCGGUAUUUUUCAGUGACUAUUAGGUUUAGAAGACAGUGAGAAUGUCUGUAGUGAUUGUCGAUGCUGUUAUUGUGUACACAUCAAUCACAAAUGUAAGACUAGACGAGGGUGUGUUUAAUUUGAUUACCUUCUUCUCCUUCUCCCGUCUUUACCGUCCUCCUCCCCACUUCCUUUGCCCUGUCUUCUUUGCAUUUCGAACCCUCGAUGUCCCUGUUCACAGUAUUAGGCUGGAAUAUGGUUGUGUGGUAGUAGACACGUGUUCUGUGUGGUUGGUGAGUCGGUGUUGUCGUGUAAUGACUUGUUGCUCCUCGUGAUGCCAUCAAACGUGGAGCGAUGAUUGGAUGAGUACAGACAAAAGAUGAAAGGGGUGACCCAGGUUCCCUGAAAAAAACACUGUUUUCCAUUUCACGUCCUGCCCAUUCCUGAAAAAAAAACCCUUUCUGGAACGUUCCCACUCUGCACAGCGCCGCUCUGGGAUCUUUCUCUGGAUGUGAAGACCCAUGGACUGUACUGUAUGUAUUUUCUCUUGGUGAUAUCUUGUCACACUUUAACUUGCAAAUGUCAGAAGGGGGUUUGGUUGUUGUAAAGCGUAAUGAAAAGCCAACACUUGCUUCCUGCUCACUGGGGUACACAGAGUCAUCUUAACAAAGAUACACUUUUAAGUUGGUCAGGGUUGGAAAGAAGCACUAUCUAUUCAAGGUCCUAAAGUCCUUGAAAGCUGGAGGAGUUUAAUUUGCUAUCUAUCCUGUUCCCUCCAGCUCACAGGUUUGUUUUUCAAAGGUUUUAGGGACAUGUUUAAAAAGUUUAAUUGACACAAGUGACACCUUUCCAAACAAUUCUUCAGCUGCUCUCUGCAAAAAAAAAUAGAAAAAAGAAAAAAAAAAACAGCUUUGACAGACUGUGUUUGUAGGUACUCAUGGGGGCAAGCUUGAUUCAUCUCCUCUGCCAUGAGUCUUGAGAAAGUAGGCUGAGUGAUCCCUCGCUCCCCUCCUCUGGUUUGUCCUUGCCUGGGGUUGGUGUACCGUUGUCUAGACGCUCCAUUUAAGCAGCAGCAGCAACAUCCUCACUGUUAAGAUACCUUCCACAAGGGAACUCUUCAAAGACUCUGCCAAAAUAAGACAAACCCAUAGACACCACAUUCAUGGCACCAUUUCUAGCCAAGACUGAAUUAUUUAUUUUUGAGGGGGUUUUAUUUCUGUACUAAAGAUGGCUUUUCUUUUCAAUACUUCUUUUUGGCCAAGAGAGAGAUAUCCUAGCCUUAUAUUUAGGGCUCCCUUUGCCUCCCGUUGUUUCUGAUUCCAUUCUACUUAUACUAUCAUGUAGCUGCUGUUUAGAUUGGAUUAGACUUGAGCUAUAAUACCAGAGCCGAGACGAGCAGUAAUGGGAUGAUGGAGAGAGCUCGGCUGAUUGUGAUUAUUUGGCUGAUUAGUCGCAUUUCCAUAGCAGUCCUCUCAGAGUGUCAUACAAACACUGGAGCCUGAAUUCAGUGUUUGUUCCUAUAUGGUCAAUUCUCCACCAGGUCAAAGGAGAUGAUGCUAAAACCAAUCCUUGCUGUGUGAUGUUUUGGUGUAACUGGGGUUGUCGCAGAGCUUUGCUGACAGAUUGCUUAAAGCACCUUGGGUAGACGACAGCUUCAUCUUAACCUUGACCAGACAACAAACACUCCCCUGUGACAAUACUGACCCCCAGUGGUCGCUAUUAGGUACAGCAACAAAUGGGACUGGGACGUAAUGACGCUGAUGUACCAGUACUGUUGUAAUGUGGUGGCAAACACGCCAAUAGCUCCGGGUCUGGUGCAGUGAAAUGAACAAAUUGACUGUUAGCUUCAUAAGUCAAUGCUUCAUUGAUUUUUCUUAUAGCCAUAGCGGUACCUCCCCUCAGCACUGAGUGUGUGGGAUGUCGUUCGCCAUCUGUGAAGGAGGCGUAUCUAAUCAGGAGAGGUCUCUGUUUGAUCAGAAGCAACCGUUCUGACCUGGUUUGACUCAGUCUCUAGACCAAACCCUCAAUAACACUUUCUCCCUGCCAGUCUCGCCAAAACGAAAUGUUAUUCUGUACAUGCUGAUAAAAGUGAUCGGUUACUCUCUAGAGGACAAAACAACUUCUCUUUCUUGUGGUCUUAGCAGGUUAAAUCUAUGCAUGCCUUUUGUAUAAAGUGAUUGGUUUUGCCAAACUCUAACAUGUACAGAGAACCAGGGGUGCCACUGUUGAUGGCCAUGGGACUGGUUGAAACAAGACGAGUGGAUUAAAACGUGUUUGUGUACCGAUUGAAGCCGAAGUCAAAGAAUCACGUGCAUCCACAAAUAUUUCAAGAAAGGUUGCAUCUUUAAAGAAAAACAAGCAUUUGUUUACUUGGGAUGAUUGUACUUUUACACAUAUCUAUCCACAAACAGAUGAUCUGCUCAGAUGUAUAAGCUGUAGAUAAAAGUGACUGGAAUUCCAAGCAGGAUUGUGGGACUGAUCAAUGCUCUAUGGGGGAUGGGAUUAUGAAUAGUAUACUUUCAUUGAUCAUUCUUGAACCUUGUCACUCUCCAAAUAUCCCUCUGGAGCAGGAGGAGGCGUGCAGAGCUGGUACAGACCUGGUUGGCAUUCAUUCCUAGGUUUCCACGUUACCUCUAAUGAUUCCAUUUUUUCCUGUUUUAAAAAACGAGACGGUGCCAGAUUAUGACAUUUUUCUCCAGGUCUGAGUCCAUAAGAUGCUCUGUCGCUUCUCCCACUCUAUAGAGGAAGCCGUCAAAGGUACAACUCUGCUUUUGUUGGAGCGCUCUAAUACAAAAUCAUAAACAAUACCGGGGGGAAAAAAAGUGUGUUUCUUAGAUUUGGCUGGGGGCAAAUUUAUCCUGUCUUCUCUCUUUCUGUCUGUAUUUCUCUCUCUCUCUGUCUCUAUCUGUCUUUCUCCCUGACAACUUGGCACCAACCUCGUUAAGCACUUCUGAAUAUUUUCCAGCGAUCACUCUUAGUUUGUGCACUAAUGCAUACUUGUUCCUUUUGACACGGUCGUUACCUACUCCUGAAACCUAGGAAUGGGUGCUGAGCGCUCCGAUUAAAUGCAGAGCUGAUAUAAAGACAGUCAGUUCAGCCUAUCAGACUGAAUUGUGUCCAAUGACCAGUCACAUGACUGAAUCAUCAAAGAGAAUGUGAAACAAUAAAUAUCACAUUUGGACUGUUUUUAAUGUGUAUAUUUAAUGCUGCAAUGUGCGGAUCCCUGGAUGUGAAGAACAGAAACUGUACAUAUUAGAUAUAUUAGCCAUAUCACGUCAUCAAAUCUGUAGACUUCCUUGCCAUGUCUGACAGAGGAAAAUGACUGUUGAACUGUAAAUAGUGUGUAGGUAUAGUAACAGGAUUUAUCUGCUGCUUCUUCUCUCCAGCGAUCGCCCACGUUUUGCUCAGUCCCAUGGCUGCUUGGUCUCGAAGGGAAGAAUAAGACAAUAAUGUGCUUGUCUAUAAGACACAUGUGAGUUCUUUUUUUAUUUCAAUGUAUGUUUUAUAUACUGUCUGUCUUGUCAAUGGACUCCUUUUUCGUCAUAAAAGCAUGAUGUGACUCUGUU